AUGCGAAUGUCUCGUGAGAAGAAAAGGCUGCCAAGCCCUUCGGCAACAAGAGCUAGAAUUCUUCGGAAUGGCAAAAAGACACCAAUCACGUCCGAACAACGCCAAAAGACGCCACAGAAGCCAAGCCCUCCUGAAAAUGCUCGGGCAGGAUCAGAGAUCGAGAUGAGUGUUGACGAUGGUGAGGCAUCUGAUUGCUCUGCAACGGCGAAUCCUUCCCAACCGAAUGUUGCAAAACAGGAAAUAAGAUUUGAAAUGGAGCCACCAAAGCGGAGAUUGCUUAACGACCUCACUGGCCUUAGUACAUUGCUGUCAGAGAGUGAGUCAGAUUUUCGUAAAAAUCGUACACCUUACCCAUCCCUCAAUAAUAAUGAGGAGGUUACUUGA